AUGACUGCUUCUAGUGCUGAUCCUACUUCUGUUCCACGUACUCUUAAGGUCCUAAUCGUCCGCCAUGGCCAAACCGACCAUAACAUUCGCCGAAUUCUCCAGGGUCACCUCAACACAAGACUCAACGAACAAGGUCGUUCCCAAGCAACACUUCUCGGCAAGUAUUGGGCUGCUCCUGCCACCUCUCAAAACAUCGAUGCUGUUUUUUCUUCUGACCUCCAGCGCUGCAUCACUACCAACAACCUUAUUCUCACAGAACUUGGUCUCGUAGCUCCAGCCGAUGAUGAUUCUGAUAAAUCUACAAUAAACCCUGAUAUUAACACUCACAAGUACGCAGUUCCUGUCACCUUUACGUCUAACCUGCGUGAACGUGAUCUUGGUCCUCUUCAGUCUAUGUAUGUUAAGGAAGCCCAUGCCAAAGCUGCUUCCGAGGGCAAGUCGUUUGUAGACUAUGGCGAGUCAAUGAAGAGUGUUCGUGGGCGCCUGCGUCUUGUUUGGGCCGAUUUGAUUGAUACCGCUCGCAAGAAUCCUGAUAUUUCUACCAUCAUGAUUGUGUCUCAUGGUGGUGCUAUUUCCAAGCUCUGCGCAGAUCUUGUCAAUACUGGAUCUGUUAGAAUCGCAGAUGAAGUCCCAGUCGAAUCUAUCGCAGUUCCGCCUAAUACUUCGGUCACAACGUUGCUUAUCCCCCUCGACCUCGACGAGGACCCGGAGAAAAACGAUCUUAAGGAAGGCAAGGUCCACAAACAAGGGAAGCUCGCUGAUUUCGGAAACACAGAGCACUUGAAGGUGCCUGUUACAACAUAUCAGGAUGAGCAGUAA